GCUAUAAGAGCGAGGAGCCAAGGCCAGGGGAGCGGGAGACACAGUUUGCGCUCGUGGUAUCAGGUGCAGGGCAGCCGUUGGUUGACUCCGUGGAUUUUCUGUCCCUGGUGUUCUUGCCUAACGUCGCUUGCCUAUCUGUCGGUCAGGAUGUCUGCCCGCGGCCCGGCUAUUGGCAUCGACCUGGGCACCACUUACUCGUGCGUAGGGGUCUUCCAACAUGGCAAAGUGGAGAUUAUCGCCAACGACCAGGGCAACCGCACCACCCCCAGCUACGUGGCCUUCACCGACACCGAGCGCCUCAUUGGCGAUGCCGCCAAGAACCAGGUGGCUAUGAACCCCACCAACACCAUCUUCGACGCCAAGAGGCUGAUCGGACGGAAGUUCGAGGACGCUACUGUGCAGUCGGACAUGAAACACUGGCCGUUCCGAGUGGUGAGCGAGGGAGGGAAGCCCAAAGUGCAGGUGGAGUACAAGGGAGAGAUCAAGACCUUCUUCCCAGAGGAGAUCUCCUCCAUGGUCCUCACUAAGAUGAAGGAGAUCGCCGAAGCCUACCUGGGGGGCAAGGUGCAGAGCGCAGUCAUCACUGUCCCGGCCUAUUUCAACGACUCGCAGCGCCAGGCCACGAAGGACGCGGGCACCAUCACGGGCCUCAACGUGCUCCGCAUCAUCAACGAGCCCACGGCGGCGGCCAUAGCCUAUGGCCUGGACAAGAAGGGCAGCGCCGGCGGCGAGAAGAACGUGCUCAUCUUUGACCUGGGCGGCGGCACCUUCGACGUGUCUAUCCUGACCAUUGAGGAUGGCAUCUUCGAGGUGAAGUCCACUGCCGGCGACACUCACCUGGGCGGCGAGGACUUUGAUAACCGUAUGGUGAGCCACCUGGCCGAGGAGUUCAAGCGCAAGCACAAGAAGGACAUCGCGCCCAACAAGCGCGCGGUGCGGCGGCUUCGCACCGCCUGCGAGCGCGCCAAGCGCACCCUGAGCUCCUCCACACAGGCUAGCAUCGAGAUCGACUCGCUCUACGAAGGUGUGGACUUCUACACAUCAAUCACCCGCGCUCGCUUUGAGGAGCUCAACGCCGACCUGUUCCGCGGGACCCUGGAGCCGGUGGAGAAGGCGCUGCGCGACGCCAAGCUGGACAAGGGCCAGAUCCAGGAGAUCGUGCUGGUUGGUGGCUCUACCCGCAUCCCCAAGAUCCAGAAGCUGCUGCAGGAUUUCUUCAACGGCAAAGAGCUCAACAAAAGCAUCAACCCCGAUGAGGCGGUGGCCUACGGAGCAGCGGUGCAGGCGGCCAUCCUGAUCGGAGACAAGUCAGAGAACGUGCAGGACCUGCUGCUACUAGACGUGACCCCGUUGUCGCUGGGCAUCGAGACGGCUGGCGGCGUUAUGACCCCACUCAUCAAGAGGAACACCACGAUCCCCACCAAACAGACGCAGACCUUCACCACCUACUCAGACAACCAGAGCAGCGUGCUGGUCCAGGUGUACGAGGGCGAACGGGCCAUGACCAAGGACAAUAACCUGCUGGGCAAGUUCGACCUGACGGGGAUUCCCCCGGCGCCUCGCGGGGUCCCCCAGAUUGAGGUCACCUUCGACAUCGACGCCAACGGCAUCCUCAACGUCACCGCCGCCGACAAGAGCACUGGCAAAGAAAACAAAAUCACCAUCACCAACGACAAGGGUCGUCUGAGCAAGGACGACAUUGACCGGAUGGUCCAGGAAGCGGAGAGGUACAAAUCGGAAGAUGAAGCCAAUCGCGACCGUGUCGCUGCCAAAAACGCCGUGGAGUCCUACACCUACAACAUCAAGCAGACGGUGGAAGACGAGAAGCUGCGGGGCAAGAUUAGCGAACAGGACAAAAACAAGAUCCUCGACAAGUGUCAGGAGGUGAUCAACUGGCUCGACCGAAACCAGAUGGCGGAGAAAGAUGAGUUUGAACACAAGCAGAAAGAGCUGGAAAGAGUGUGCAACCCCAUCAUCAGCAAACUUUACCAAGGCGGCCCUGGCGGCGGCGGCGGGUCCGGAGCCUCGGGGGGACCCACCAUCGAGGAAGUGGACUAAGCUUGCACUCCAAUGAGGUUCCUGCUUUGAAUUACCAACAACUUAAUUGGAGAAGAUCUGGGUAAACUUUUCCCCCUCUUUAAACACAGAAACCAGACUGGGAUCUUCCAAUGUACCCAAACUCCUAAGGCUUGGCUUAAGUGUUCAAGUGAAAAUCCACCUGUAUAUUCCAUUAAAAUACAAGCUAUAUUUUGGGGUUAAAUGUAAAAUGAUUCUUUAAAAAAAGCUGGGGCACUAGUUGUCUUCCGGUAAUAGCCCGAAGUAGUGUGAACAAACUGCUUUCUGUGACAUUCAGGUGCGCCUGAAACAAGAACCAGUACGUAAACUUUAAAGCCACUUAAUAUUAAGAGUCCAAAUUUAGUCAAACUUGUUUUAACUUUCUAGUAAAACAACUCAGUUCCUGAGCUUAUUCCAUAAGGAUGUAUUUCCAGUAGGUACAAUUUCUAGGUGGGUAGGAGAUUUGUAGAUAUUUUUUCUCCCGAUUUAAGAAUCAUAAUGAUUUUGCAAUACCUGCCUUAAAUCACUAGAACAGAUUUUUUAAAGGCAAACUGCAACAUGGUUCUGUAUUUUGUUAAUAUACAGCUUGUCCAUUUUCCUAUAUAUAUAUAUCUGAUUUGAGAUUGUCGUAGAUAGGAAUAUUGCAACCCUUUGGAAGAAACGACUUUGAAGGAUAAAGUCCACUAUCCUGGGCUUUAAAAUCCACAACCUUGGGAGAAGGAGGGUUCAUGUUUAUUUUUUAGUGGAAUUACACUUCUGCUUUGUUUUGAUUUAUUCUCUUUAAGGGAAACUUGAGAUAAAUUCUGUAAAGCUGAUUGGAAAUUGCAUAACCUAAUGUUUUCACUACAUAUAUACAUUUUGAUAUCUUUCCAAAUAAUGUGGAUUUGCUUCAUGUUGUUCAUAAUGGUGAAUUAUAGAAACUAUAUUUUUAAUUUAGUAGCGGACCCUUUAAUUUAGUAGUGGAUCUUUAUUAUGCAGAGGGAAUCAAAAGUAGGGAACAAAUUAGCCUAAAACUGGGCUUUGGUAAUGACCCUCACACAAGAAAUGACUCUUAAGUACAUACACAUUUCCUUCCCCCCAACCCCAGCAGGUCUCAUUUGGGUGGGGGAUGAAGAUAAAAAAGCAAUUGUGAAAUUACUUCAAAAUAAACUUUUAGAAAUUACACUGAAAAGCUGAAGAUAACUUGGAGUUCUCAGCGCCGGUGCCACACUAAUGGAAAAUUUUCAGCAAGGAGGUAUAAUGGUGUUUCACUGACUACAGAUAUCACAGAUAUUUGACAAACUACUUGUUAUUAAGAAAACAGAUCAUUAAUAGCCUUAGAGUGACUUUGAGCUUUCAUUUUUACCAAGAUAAUACCCGUGCUAUUAAGCUUCUGUUAGAUCUUUAUGUGUUGAAAGUGUUUAUCCCUUGCUCUAACUUCAGAAUGUAAUGGAGUCUUUCUGUAAGUGCAAUCUGGUAUUAGUAUGACUCAUUUUAGACCUCACUUUAAAAGAUACUAGCUUCUAAAGUAACAGAAAAAUGACCGGAGGUAGUCUCUUUGAUCCUGUGGCCAGGCCUAUGGUAACUGGCUAUAACACCAAUUUCGAUCUAUGUAAACACUUAUUUUCUAUUAUUUUGAAAAGUAAUUUGUAAAACUUCUAGCUUUCUUGAGUGUUUUUUCUUUAAUUCUGUCUUCUCAAAUUUAUCUAGAUCUGAAUGUUAUUAAGAUAAAGCUACCAAAGCAGCCAUUCAGUGUUUCCAGGGGUCAGUUGAAACUAGUAACCCAAUAACCCCUGGGAACUCCUUAGCAAAUGUUAGAUCAGCUAUAGUCAAAUGACAAUGGAAAAAGUACUUGAUGUUAGGACAAGGCUAAAUUACAGUUUAAGAAUUAAUUAAGCAUCACUUGAACUUUAAAGUAGUGAGUUAUGUUAGAGACUAGUGGUCAUUUAUGACUAAAGCAAAUGCAGUACAUGUAGAAUAAAAAAUACAUUUCUCAGAAUAGGCACUUAAAUUCUUCUUACCUGAAUGUCUAAUUAACACAGUUGUCCCUGUUUUGAGGCAAUGAAGCUAGAUACCUGUUAAAAUAACACAUACUAGGUAAUUUACAGUAUUUGAGAUGUGUGGUGUUUCAAAACAAGCUCACUCUAAAUUUUUUAUAGUAUUAAUUUGAUAGGUAUAAUGUUAAUGCAUUAAAACUUACAUAUUAGGAGGUAUUAAUGAUAUAUAUUUAAACUUAUAUAGAAUAGGAUAUUUAGUGAAUCAUCUAAUCAAUACAUCAGGGAGACUAAACAAGAAUUUCUUUAUCCUAUAUAUAAUCUUAAGUAGGAAUACAACCUGGUUAUUUAGAUGAAAUCAAAAGAUUUCUUUUUAUGAAGUUCAAAUACUAGGCCCAUGAUAAGGCCUUCACCUACUUUAAAUGGAAUGUAGUUUAUAAAAGUUGUGUUGUGAGGCAUUUUCCUCUUCCUUGAACACUGUAAUUAAAGUUUUAAAGAAUCUCAAACCCAUAUAUUACAAUUGCUAAAAUAUAUAUUCUAAAAUAUAUUUUAUAUUUAUAUAUUUUAUACAAAGAACUUUACAUAUUUCAUAAAAGUAUAUACAUUAAAGAACAAGAAUAUCCAAUUGCUUCUGUAUAUUUAAUUUGUAAAUAAGUAUCAGAAAACUUUUGAAGGACUGUCCUUAAGCAUUAAAAUUAGAUACAGAAUUUCAUUCCUUGACGAAAAAGUAAGGAUCUUUGGGAAAAGAGACCAGUAUUUACUUUUGAUAUAACUCUUGGAAUGGAUAUAGGCAUUUCUGAAACGUAAUAGGGCGAUAUUUAUUGUAGAAAUGUCUUUCUUUUAUCAAUACAUAAAAUCAAGAAGCCAUAGGCUCUUUUCUCCACCACUUUCAGGAUAGAUUAUUAGGUUGUUUGUGAAUUCAAGAUUAGGGAAGUGAGCAACCAAAAAUGGAGUUGCUAUUCAAAUACCAUCAUUGCCACAUCCUUACAUGUUAAUUUUUAAAGGUAAAAUUGUAACACUAUGAAAACAUGUCCAUUAUGACUUUUUCAUAAUAUUGAGGCAGGACAACAAGAAGCUAGGAAAAUCCCUUGGCAAAUAGAAUGGAGAAACUGAGACAGACUGCUGAACAAACUGGCCAAGCAACUUACAGCCAGAUGCAGAAGUCAGCUCCCUGGAGAUAACAUCUAGGCCUCAGUUGUAUUUCAGCUCCAGGCCCAGAAAAGAGUCAAAACCAGGUGGGUGACACCAGGACCAGCCUCAGUGACUAAUGACCCCUCUACUGGUUGACUAAUCAGUAGAGACCAUGACCCUGAAAGGGCACCCCUGGAAAACUAGUGAAUAUUCUACUGAUGAAUAAUAUUCUGCUGAAACUCUUCCCUGAAACCUCCUCUAAAAUUCCUGCCAGCAAGAGAGAGAGAGAAAAUCCCCAAGACAAAGGACCCAGCCUGUUCUCUCCCUCUGGGAAGCAUGCCUACACCUUUCCUUUUCCCUUCCUCUUCCCCAGCGGGCAUGCAUCUCCCAUACUUUAAGCAUCCCCAUGAGACUUGCAGUGGGUAGCAGCAGCUCAUCCUGUCCCAGGCUAACCUCCUGAACCUGUCUCCAGGCCUCCUUUUCUCAGUGAGCUAAAGCAGCCCUACCUGGGCUCAUUUCUUUCCUGUAACAUUUUUAGAGUGCCAAAGCAGCCAGCCUAGGUCUCUCCUGUUGCUGGUUCUAUACUAAACCCUUUCUUGUUUCACUGACCUCAACUUCAAUAAACCUGCUCGCAAUCACCUGGACUCCUGUUGUGAAAUCUCUCCUGCAUGAAUUCAAGAACCCACACACUAUUGGUUAGCCCCAGGCAGACCUGCUCAGGACCAGGUCCCUUGACCAGUAACAGCAUAAGCAUGCAUUGUAAUUCAGUUAAUGUUUUACACCUAAAAAUCUGGGACCAGCAAUUCAGUUCUAUAUUAUAUGCUCUUAGUUAUAUGACCUUGAAAUGUUUCUUUUAAUUAGGGGGAAAAAAACCCACCCAACAAAACCUUUCCAUCACAGGACACUUGGCAUUGUUAAUUAGAUAGUACUUUUACCCCUACUUUAUAACGUCGUGAUUUUUUUCUAAAAGGAAAGUUAUUUACAUUUUAGGUUGUGAGUUUCUAAUGUUAUAAAAAACACCUAUUUGGUGCAAAAUGUAACCUGAGAAAUGAGUGGGUCAAUUUUACAGUAAUGAUUUAGAGCAAUAAAAACAAUCUUCCUUCUUUUGUUAGGAGUUGGUAAUACGGAAGUAUAAGAUGAAUUAGAAGGGUUCCUUUAAAUACUGUUCCUUCUAGCACCUGUGAAAUAACUUGUCAUGAAACAUUUAUGUAGGGCUUCUCAUUAUUUGGGGUUCUCAACUCUUAUUUUUUACCUUAGUUUUAUACAUUAGACAGCCCGAAGUUAGACUAUGGAGAGGUGUAAAAGAUCUUUGUUGUUCUCCACUCAUUGGGAUAAAUUGGUCGACUGAAGUGUGAUCUUCCUAAUAACAGUUGUCAGGUGAAUAGAUUCCAGGUUUUUCUGGAGCUUUAGCUUGUUAUUUCUCCCUGUCCACCCCACCCCAGGUUAUAUAUACUGUUUGGUGAAAAACUCUUGGUGAAUGGAAUAGUCUUACUCCUUUUCAAAUGAGUCAUCUUGUAGGAAGCCAGCCUUGAGGCCACGGCCUCAAGGCAGCACGGCCAGCGAAUAGGUAGGUGGGGUUUUAUGUAUCCUGAGCUAAUGGGAACAGCUACCAGCAAUGAACAAAAGUGAAUGGAAGGUAAAUCUAAGUGAUUACAAUUUUAUAUUAUUGUAACCAGUGAUUGUCUUAUCAAGUAGUGAGACCGAGAGAGUGGAGAUAGUAGGAAUGUCUAUUGU